CACAGUAAGUCGUGUUGUAUGAUUGAAUAGAGUCUGCCAUGGAUGAAGACGUCAGUUCUGAAAAGGUCGCCACUACUGAAGAACAAAAUUACAAUGAUGAUAAUACAGUUCUGGAAAAGGGGGACAACCAAGAAAUUCCGGAAACCCCAAGAACCGAGGAAUCAAUAGAAAAGCAGGGAACUGAAGCAAAAACAAGAAAAUCAAGAUAGCCAAGACAAUCUAGAUGAGACAACCCAGGAAUACGAGGAUGCAGACAGUUCGUCAUCAGGAUAUGACCUUAACCUUUACAUGCACGCACACGGGAAAAAUGUCAGUCUCGACCUGAGCUACCUGUCACUGGUCCAUGUCCCCGCCAACGUGUUUGAACUCGAACACCUCAAUUACCUGUUCCUGGCAAACAAUGCCAUUACAGAUAUUCCUGACGAUAUCUCCAGCCUUGUUAAUCUGGAGAUCCUCAUCAUCUCGAACAACAACCUGACGACGCUGUGCUCAUCGAUAUACAGUCUCCGAAAUCUGCAAAUCCUCGACGUGUCAAACAACGACAUCGCGACACUAUCGUCCGGUAUAUGCUGUCUCUCUCAACUCAAACAAUUCGUUGCCAACGGCAACCGGUUAACUUCCGUGCCUUCCUCGAUCGGGGAUCUAACUGAUCUGCGUAGUCUGUGUCUGAAUGGGAACCGACUGUCUGAGCUGCCAGUUUCACUCGUUCACCUGAAGAAGCUCGAGGUCCUGGGUCUGGAAAAGAACGAGUUUGAGUGUCUGAACCACGCGGUAUGUCAGAUCGAGAGCUUGCGCCGACUCGGACUGUCCGGAAACCACCUAUCCUGUCUGCCCAUGGAGAUGGAGAACCUGACCAACCUGGAGAAUCUUCUGGCAGACGACAACGACUUCCAGUUCGUGCCCAUCCAGCUCUUCAGCCUGGUGAAUCUCGUGGAACUUUCUUUCUCUGGAAACAAACUGACGGAGAUCCACCCUGAAAUCGCCCACCUCACCAACUUGAAGACGUUGGGGCUGAACAACAAUCAGCUGUCGUGUCUACCAGAUGAGAUCUGUCAGCUUACGAGUCUGGAAAUCCUCGGCGUCGAGAACAACAACUUGACAGAAAUCCCAGAAAACAUCGCCGACUUGUUUGCGCUGAGCGAGGUCUACCUCGGCUACAACAAAAUCGCCUACGUCCCGGAAGGACUAUGCUGGUGUUCCAACAUCACCGUCCUUAGCCUUCUCAACAAUCCAGUGUCUCAGCUUCCGAUAGAACUGGCCAACUUAAAAUCACUGCACACGCUGGUGUUGGGGGACGGCAAGUUUGACGAAAUUCCGUCCAUGAUCUGCGCUACAUUUGGGCUGCAGCAUCUGUCUCUUUCUGGAAAUAACCUCUCCGAGAUACCAACCGAGUUCGGAGCCCUGCAAGGGAUGCAAGAGCUUCAUCUGGACAGAAAUAACCUCAGCAGUUUCCCUCUUUCCGUCUGUAAGAUGACGAAGCUGGAAUUGCUGGAUCUCUCCGAGAACAUCAUCAGUGAGCUGCCUCCACAGAUGGCCAAAUUGGUCUCGCUACAGGUGCUCAACCUCAGAGGUAACAAAAUCAAAGAAAUUAUCCCAGAACUCUGCACCUUCGCGUGUCUAAGAGUCGCCGAUCUUUCUGAUAAUUCUCUGAGAGAGAUUCCCGAAGCAAUCAGUGAGCUAAAAAAUCUUGUAGAACUCGAUCUCUCCAACAACCUUUUGCCGGAGUUCCCAAAAGCUAUAUGCAAGCUGCCGAAAUUGGAAAAAAUUAAAUUUGACCAAUCAGACGGCACGAAGGUCGUCUGUCUUCCUGAUGAACUCGUGACGACGCCGAUAUCGACUCUGAUCGUGUCUAACAAUGUCCUGGCGGCUUUACCCGAAGUAUUGUCGAACAUGAAGAACCUCCAGUGUCUGGUAGCGGACCACAACGAGCUGGAGGAAUUACCAGACAGAAUCUGCGACAUGAAACGGCUCCAGGUCCUUCACCUCAACGACAACCUGCUGACGUCACUUCCGGAAAACUUCGACCACCUUACCAACCUGAAGGAUCUCCGCCUGCACCACAACCCGCUGAAGUGUCCUCCUAUAGAGGUGUGUGUGAGCGGAGUCAUGCAACCCAUCGGCCGGUUCAUUAGGCGGGCCGUGGAAAGAGAAGAACUCCUUCUGCUGAAAAUGUUCGACACUAUGAAAGUGGCCCUCACCAAGAACGAUCUGCGAUACUUCCUGAAGAAGUUCGACAUCGCGGAAGAGGCAAUAACGGAGUUGGAACAGAGGCACCACGGGAAGGAGAAACUGCCAGACCGGAUAUACGACUCCAUGUUGCUGUGGAAGGAUACUAAUGGCGCAGACGCCAACGUCGACACCCUCAUCCGGGUUCUGCGCAUCAUCGGACACGACGCGCUGUCGACGACGUUGCAUAACAUGAAGAUAAUGUCUCAGAGACUCAGGUUUUGAUGUUUAUUUUUGUACCCACAUCCAAUUAAGGUCCAGGCACUUUGCCCAGAUAGCUGAGGUGUGUGGCCAUGACAGUGAGUUAUUGGUUAGAUGUUAGUGUUUACCCACUGAGUCACUAAAACUGUCUGGGUUGAAUUAUGUACCAGGGUAACCCAGUACCUACCAGCCGUAAUUUCGAUGGUUAACCAGUACACUGGCGAUACCUACACUGUCGAUACCUACACUGGCGAUACCUACACUGUCGAUACCGGUUUUGGUUGGCGAUUUUUGAUGGUCAUGAUCAUCCUUAAUUAACGUAGUAUAUUCGUAUGUCACAGCAAUAAAACAAUUAUUAUAUUUUGUUAUAUGUCUGCCUCGCUAAAUCUGUAUUCUUUUUGUUUGUAAACCACGGUGUUAAAAUUUCAUAAAAUUUAAUUUAACAUUCCUUUUUUUAAUUCGAUGUUUUUAUGGUUUUUGUUUAAUUUGUAAAAUAUUAUAAUUUAUAAAUAUUUUGUUACAAUUUAUUACUUUUCUCAUUUAACUAUUUCAAGAUACCAUACAGUGUAUAAACUAAGUUUAUUCGUUCACAUUUGUAUUCCUGGCUGUUGGUCACAGGAAUGAUAGAUAUUCAAUAUUGAUGUUUUACGUCGCAGGUGAGUGUAUAGUUUACAAUACAAGAAAUAAUAGUACUGUUACUUUUUCCUGAAAUCUAACAUGUAAAUGAAAUUUGAUUUGUUCCUGUAUAUUUUAUUAUUUAUUGUCUUUUCCUUCCUUUCGUCAUCUGGUUGUUUGUUUCUUUGCUUUUUUUUAUAAUACAUACACAAUGUAUUUCUUUCACUAUUUCUAAGGUUUUGUUUUGUUCCAGUUUUUGUUUGUAAAAACAAAAUGAUAAUGACAUAAUAACAUUACUAAACAGCGUUUUUGUUACCACAGUAUAAACGUCUGCGGUGUUGUACACUACUGGAUUUAACGCUUUUCACUGCCAUUAUAACGUUUUCAACCAAUAGAUCGUUUCUAACAACUAAAAUUACCUUAAAUUCCAUAUAGCAAUGGUCAACCCAUACUAUCCGCAGUGGAUGUUUGUGUUGGGGUCUCAUUACACUCUCAUUCAUUCUAAUGUUUGUACAAGUUCAAACAAUUACGUCCCUCUAUACAUUUUUCCUACGUACCAAAUUGUGAGAAGGUGAAAUGCACUUAGAGACACAUUAGGGCCUGAAACGCUCUGUAUAUACAGCAACUGACGUUCUAAACAAGAACUUGUAUUAUAGGUGUUAUUGUAGAAAUGGAAGGUAUUAUAAGCCGUAAACAUGUUACUACAGCAACACAUGUCAGGUAGCGCCUAUAAAAUAUCUCAUUGAAAGUGUGACUGUGUAUUUGUUUUGCUAUAGCAUGUGAUGUUAUGGGCUGGAAAAUUGAGAUCGAAGUAAUUUUGUUUACGGUUGACAAAUAUAUUAUUGAAGACAUCAUUUUAAAAGUCUGUAUCGUUGUUUGGUACCAACCUACAUCAUUUUAAAAGUCUGUAUCGUUGUUUGGUACCAACCUACAUCAUUUUAAAAGUCUGAAUCGUUGUUUGGUACCAACCUACAUCAUUUUAAAAGUCUGUAUCGUUGUUUGGUACCAACCUACAUCAUUUUAAAACUCUGAAUCGUUGUUUGGUACCAACCUACAUCAUUUUAAAAGUCUGUAUCGUUGUUUGGUACCAACCUACAUCAUUUUAAAAGUCUGAAUCGUUGUUUGGUACCAACCUACAUCAUUUUAAAAGUCUGUAUCGUUGUUUGGUACCAACCUACAUCAUUUUAAAAGUCUGUAUCGUUGUUUGGUACCAACCUACAUCAUUUUAAAAGUCUGAAUCGUUGUUUGGUACCAACCUACAUCAUUUUAAAAGUCUGUAUCGUUGUUUGGUACCAACCUACAUCAUUUUAAAAGUCUGUAUCGUUGUUUGGUACCAACCUACAUCAUUUUAAAAGUCUGUAUCGUUGUUUGGUACCAACCUACAUCAUUUUAAAAGUCUGUAUCGUUGUUUGGUACCAACCUACAUCAUUUUAAAAGUCUGAAUCGUUGUUUGGUACCAACCUACAUCAUUUUAAAAGUCUGUAUCGUUGUUUGGUACCAACCUACAUCAUUUUAAAAGUCUGUAUCGUUGUUUGGUACCAACCUACAUCAUUUUAAAAGUCUGUAUCGUUGUUUAGUACCAACCUACAUCAUUUUAAAACUCUGUAUCGUUGUUUGGUACCAACCUACAUCAUUUUAAAACUCUGUAUCGUUGUUUGGUACCAACCUACAUCAUUUUAAAACUCUGAAUCGUUGUUUGGUACCAACCUGUGUUUGUAAACAUGUAAUUAUCUGUACUAUUUUCUGAAUCCUGUAAUGACAUGAUUGCUAUACCAAAGUCUGGUAUGUACUGUCCUGUCUGGUGCAGAUGAACGGAUGGCUCAAAUGUGUUAAGCACAUGUAAAAUUAUUACAUGGUUCCUCAUUAUUUUAUGACUUUCCAUCUAUUUAUUCAGUUUUAUAUAUGUAAACACAAACCCCACAAAAAACAUGCACGUGCUUGUGUAGCUAUGUAAUACUCUGUAUCUAUGUACGUGUGUGUAUGUCUGUAUAUCUGUAAGAGUACGAGUGUGUUCAGGCGUGUGUGCAUGUGUGUGCAUGUGUGUGCAUUUUUCAUUACUUAUUUUUGAUUCUUACUAAUUUGUAUGCGUUUCAUGUGUCUAAAUAUAUAUGUCAAAAUAUAUAUGUUAUAUUUUAUAUUUUUAUUCACUAGAAAAAUAUGGCUAUAAUAUCAAUAAUUUUGCCAAACUUUCGAAAGCAAAUAUGGGUACUAUUAUCGAGAAAUUCCAAUCAUGUAGUUGAAUUGUAAGUUUCGUCGUUUGCUGUCCAUCCUGUAGUGUUCGUAUACAUUAUCUAUUUUUAGAACUAUAUUUUUGUAUUAUAGAUUUAUACGCUUGUAAAAUAUAAUCAUGCAAUGCUAAAAUAUAUAUUUGUAUCACCCAA